ACUGUCGCUGAGCAUGUUUGUAGGUAAAAUCUUAUACAAUUUAAAUUUCACUCUAACCAAAUCUGAAUAAAGAACAUGGAAUUAUUGGGCAAUCCCGGGAAUAAACAAAAUCACAGGAGCAACUACUGAGCAAAAAUACGUUUGAACCCACUGGUAAAUUACCGUAGCUGCUGAUGGGGUGUUCAACAAUAUAAACAAUAAAAACCCCAUCUGAACAACUCUAAUUCCUUACACCCAACAGAACACACGAUUAUUAUUAUCAUUAUAUCACCUUAAAAACCAUGUAUUUUGACAACUGUCUUGAGGGUUUCGAUCGUCUCCGAGGUAUGAAGACUUUAAGCACCACCGAGGUGUCAUGAAAGAUGAAACAGCCAUAUGAUACAGUUUAAUUUAUUUUCGUCUCUAAUAUAUCUAGCUCUCAAUCUAUAUUGAAAGAAGCUCUGAUACCUCGCAUGGCUUUUGUACAAUCAUUUUAUCAAAUCAAAUCCCAUAUCUAAAUAGAGUAUAUUAUCACAUCACGUCUCAAGGAUGAUAUCGUUAUCUGUGAUUGAAAGGUCACGUUUUGAUAGUAGCAUUGAUAUACAGCUAUCUACUAGAUUGGACAGUAGUCUCUCACCGAAUUCAUGCAUAUACAAGUUUCGAUAUGCAACCAAAUAAAUAGGUUUAUUUAGAGAUCACUAUUCAUUCUAGCUAAAGCAAACGAAACAUGAACACCUUUGUCUUACUUCUGACUGCCAUGGCUGUACUUAACAUUAGUACAGCCAGUGUUUUGAAAUUUGAACAGAGGGAAUUUGAAGAUGAAACUGAUCUUGUAAUGGACUUGUUUUACAAAUCAGUCACACCAGAACGAUUCCAACCAGCAGGCUUUUUCAAGAAAUGGGGAAACAAAAGGUCAAAGGUGACCGCUUUCCAGUGGAUGGACUGUGGAGGAACGGGAGCAGCUUUUAAGAGUUUAACCGUCUCUCCUGAUCCACUCAAGUUUCCCGGAACCAUGACGAUUGGGGCUUCAGCAGUAAUCAACACGACUUUGGACUCACCACUUCAGACUAACCUGACAGUCGAGAAGAGAGUAGGCUCCACCUAUGUCAAGAUUCCUUGCAUUGACAAUUUCGGUUCCUGUGUGUAUGACGAUUUGUGUGAUAUCCUUGAAGGGGCGACUUGUCCUGAUGUACUGACAAAGAACGGAAUCAACUGUUACUGUCCAUUUAAAGCGAAAUCAUACACAUUGCCGCCCUCUCCAUUUGAUGCUGAAUCUUUCUUCUUUCCCUCUGGCGAUUAUCACCUCAGAGGAGAGAUAAGGAUCAAUGGCAAGUUUAUGGGUUGCCUCGAUGUGCACCUCUCCGUCGCCAAGACCUAGUCUGACCUUAACUAUCUCUUGUACAGUCGACACUUGUGGUGAUAUCACUAGGUCAAAAUUGUUCCUGUACUUGUUGAUAGGUAAUGUCAUAUAACGACACAGCUAUUAAUAAAUCAUAAUCCUUCCGACGAGUUGUUAUAAUAGUUGUUGUCAUUUGCAUUAAAAUGUUUUUCAUGAUGUUAA